GGAGCCAAAACCCGGACGCAAGUGGAGCCAUGGAGACCCGGCGCAAGAGCUUCGAACCGACCUCGAUCGCGCAGUACUACGAGAGCGUAUCCGACUGCCUCAGCUUCAACGCAGCCGCCGAGCGCCAGCGGAACUAUGACCGCAAGCGCCGGGCGCUGGUCCAGACCAUCGGCUACGAAGCCGUGCUGAACCGAGCAAAGCGCACGCAGCUCUCGUACACGUCGUAUGCUUCGCCCAGCACGUCAAGCGCAACGCAGCCGUCCUCGAUGAGCACAUUGAAGCCAGCGCCGUCGCCAGGCAUCAAGAUGCCGCAGACAUACAACAUGGACCCCAAGCAGCUCGCUGCCAAGUACAAGCCAAAUGUGCCCGCGACGCUCAAGCCGAUGCUGCCAUCGGAGACCACCACCGACGCGAAGCUGCCCUUUGCGAUCGGGACGGAAGUUGUCAUCAAAGUCGCCGUCGACAAGCUCGCUGCAUAUGGCCUCUCGCAGCUCACGGGCAAGAAGGGCAAGAUCAUCUCGGCGCCGACGGCAAAAGGCCAGUUCUUGUACGGUGUUAUGUUUGACAACAACACGCUACAGCAUGUGCCCGUGGAGGCGCUCGCGCUCGCCUCGCAGGCAGGCCAGAUGCAACUGCCGGCCGCGAGCCAGCUCAAAAUUGAGCACUCGUUCCACAUGCACCGGUUGAUGCAGGACCAGUUCAAGGAGAUCCAGGCGCUCCAGAAACAGCACGCCGAGUACCGGCAGGCCAACAACACGGCUGCCAUGGCCGAAGUCCAAAAGUCGCUUUCCGUGCUUCGGAACCUCCACCUCUCGCAGAUUCGGUCGCUCAAGACCAAGCAAGAGGACGAGUUGCGCCAAAAGGAAAUUGCAUAAAUUUACGUUGGACAAGAAUUGGUCAAGAACAAUUGUGCAAUAAGAAAAUGUAAUGCAAUAAGAUGUCAUGCAAGGGAUCG